CGCCGCACCGGGCCCCCCGGUCUGGCUUCGGCAGCGCUGUCGUUUCUGAGCGGGCCGUGGGACGAGAGGCCAGCCAGGCCUGCUUAGCUGGGCGGCCGCGCUGGAUCCCCGGGUCUGGCCCUUGCUGCCUCUUCGGAGGAGAUGGCCCCGCUCGCCGUGAGGGCGGUCGGGCUCUGCAGCCGAGGAGCUGGGACGUCUUCGUCCCUGGAGGUACCCGAGAGCAGCCUGGACACAGCUUUAAGCACCCCGCGGAGAGGGGCCCUAAAGCUGGGGAGGGACCUUCUGCAGCAGCGUAGCUUCUGCUCAGAUUGCAGCUGAGGGCUGGAGGUUCAUUGGAGCCAGGAAGAGUUUUUCCUCUGACUUCAAGCACACAAUGAACAAAAGAACUUGCAAGUGGAGUAAAUUAACUCUUAAACAAACAGCAGAUGUCAUGGUGUGUACACUGUACGGUCUGGAGAAUUCUACUGUCAGACUUCAAAUAGCAAUGAUUGGUCACCAUGAGCCUCUUGUCUUGUGAGUCCAUCUGCAUUUUUCUGCUUCCUCAAGUUAUGCUGGUGUUGGGUAUACAGGAAAUUCAUGCUGACCAGGAGAUGAUUAGCAAGAUCUCAGCUGCUAGCCAGUUGAUGCAGUGCUCUGCUUCAUUGGAUGUCCUUUUCCUCUUGGAUGGCUCCUACAGCAUUGGCAAAGGAAGCUUUGAAAGGUCUAAGCACUUUGCAAGCAUGCUCUGUGAUGCCUUGGGCAUCCAUCCAGACAGGGUCCGUGUGGGAAUGAUGCAGUUCAGCUCAACUCCCCACCUUGAAUUCCCGCUAAAUUCAUAUCUAACCAAACAAGAAGUGAAAGAGAGAAUCAAGAGGACUGUGUUCAGAGGUGGAAGCACAGAGACAGGUCGGGCUCUGAAGUACAUUCUCCGCAAGGGAUUCCCUGGUGGCAGAAACUCAAGUGUCCCUGAAGUCCUGAUCAUCAUUUCAGAUGGGAGGUCCCAGGGCAGCACGACAAUGCCUGCAAUGCAGCUGAAGAACAGACACAUCACUGUUUUUGCAGUGGGAAUCAGGUUUCCAAGGUGGGAGGAGCUGCAGGUUCUAGCCAGUGAGCCCACCGAGCAGCAUGUGCUCUUUGCUGGAGAUGCGAAGGAUGCUGCCAAUGGCCUGUACAGCACCCUCACCAGCUCCAUCUGCAGCACCACCACCCCAGGCUGCAAAGUUGAAUCCCACCCUUGUGAACGCAGGACCCUGGAGACUGUGAAGGAGCUGGCUGGAAACCAUGCAUGUUGGAAAGGCUCAAAGCAGCCAAAUGUGGUGCAUGCGUCCCUCUGCCCUUUCUACAGAUGGAAAAGAGUCUUGAUAAAACACCCAUCCAGAUGCCUCCGAACUGUAUGCCCAGACCCUUGUGACUCCCAGCCAUGCCAGAAUGGGGGCACGUGUGUCCCAGAGGGACUGGACAAAUACCACUGCCUCUGCCCACUGGGAUAUGGAGGAGACAUCCACUGUGCACCAAAGCUGAGCCUCGAGUGCAGUGUGGAUCUCCUUUUCCUGAUGGACAGCUCGGCUGGGGUCACACUGGAAGGGUUUCUCCGCUACAAAGCAUUCCUCAAGAGGUUCCUCCAAGCAGUGAUGGGCCAGGACUCACCGGUGAAUGUGGGGGUGGCCCAGUAUGAUAACAAUGUCAGGAUACCCAUUGGAGUGGGCCAACACAAGGAUGCAUUCAGUCUCAUGAAGAGCAUUGAUGCUUUGAAUUUCAGUGGAGGAGGAACCCUGACAGGCAGAGCUCUGCAGUACAUUGCACAACACGGUUUUAGGAGCACCCCAGUUUUUGCAGAUGUACAGGAUGACCUCCCACGUGUGGUUGUCUUGCUCACUGACUCCAAGUCUCAGGAUCCAGUGGCAGAAGCUGCUCAGUAUGCAAGGGAGCGUGAUCUCUUCUUGAUUGGUGUAGGCAGCAGCUUUGUGAGAGCAGAGCUGACUGAGGUGACUGGCAAUCCAAAGCAGACAAUUGUCUACUCAGACCCCCAGGACCUGUUCAACAGGAUGCCAGAGCUGCAGAGAAGAAUCUGCAGUGUGGAUAAUCCUGAAGGCUGCCACGCACAGUCUCUGGAUUUGGCAUUUGCGCUGGAUGCCUCGGAUGGAGUUGGCCUGGAAAAUUUCCUGCGGCUGAGGGACUUUGUCAGGAGCAGCUUUUUGCACUUCAGCAUCAACCGGGAUGUCACCCAGGUUGCCCUGGUGGUCUUUGGCAGCACAGCUCACACGGUGUUCGCGCUGGACACCCACACCAGCAAUGCAGCUCUCCUCCAGGCCACCCACCAGGUGCCGUUCCUGAGGGGCUCAGCCUCGGCUGGCAGCGCCUUGCUGCAUGUUUAUGGUGACGUGAUGACAGUGCAGAAAGGAGCAAGACCUGGUGUCAGCAAGGCAGUGGUGGUGCUCACAAACGGAGGCGGCGUGGAGGAUGCAGCUGCCCCAGCUCAGCAGCUGAGGGACAACGGCAUCUUGGUGUUUGUGGUUGUCAUUGGGGAUGCACGGAGGGACACGCUGCUGAGGGUUGCUGGGUCUCCCAACUACCUGGUCCACAUCGCCUCCUAUGAAGACCUGCAGCAUUACCAAAACCUUGUCAUUGAAAGAAUCUGUGAAGAAGCAAUGAGCCCUGUGAACCUCUGCAAACCCAACCCAUGCAUGAACCAGGGUGUCUGCAUCCUUGGGCCUGGGAGCUACCGGUGUGAAUGCCAUGGCUGGGAAGGACCCCACUGUGAGAGCAGUAAGGAUCAGCAGGAGUUCUCCGGGGCGAUUCUCCGAGGUCACUGGUCCUUCCUCCACAGUCCCAGGUGCAGCGAAGUUCAGGUGGUUUGCAGCACUUCUCCAGAGCCUCCUGGUACACCAAAAGGCAACUGAAGCAGAGACACUGACACAGACGUGCCGAGUGCUCCAGUUCUCCAACCAGGAAUGCUCACUGCCACCUGCAGGCACGAUCUAGAAAGCAGUGCUUGAGGUGCUCCAGCAUGGAGUCUGUGCUGAGGCUGUUCCCAGUUCCUGCCUUGCACAAACUGGGCUUCUCAAUGCUCUCUUUCUUUUUUAAUUGAAGUAAAUAUUUGUGUUUAAUUACUUA